AUGCUUCCGAUGAAGCUUGUCAUCGCCAUAUUUCUACCAGCAUUUGCUUUCAGCAUCCUGAAUGGCAUCCAAUCCAACCGCUACGACACGCGUUCACUGGUUUCGGUUAUCUCGCGUUUUCCUAAUCUACCGGAUGGACAGGCGAUGAUCUGUGGUGGUGUCAUAAUCACCCAAAAUACCGUACUCACAGCAGCUCAUUGUGUGAAUGACGGCAAUACGUUGUGA